UGUCCACAAGAGGCUUGGGGGUAAAACCAAAAAAACAUAACCAUUGGUGCCACCCCUGCACAAAGUUGUGCCUCACCUGGGCCACCCCAUUUUAAAAGAUCUGGACACGCCACUGGAUCAGGUCUCUGGACUGGUGUCGGCUGAGGAGUACCGAACCAAUGAGGGAAGCAGAAGAGAAAGGGGAACCUCAGAUUCCCAGGCGCAGGAUGGGUGGGAAGUUAAAAAAAGAAUAGAAACUAUGAUUCACUCUGACCGUUGCAAGAUAAAAGGAGGAACUGAGUAUGUUUAUCGUGUAAUUCUGUUAAAUCCAUGUUCUGCUGGAAUCCGUGAUGGCAGGAUGACUGGGCCGCUUCAGCUCCUGUGGGAUUGUUUUCAGUUUCUCUUUGCCUAAAGCAGGAGAAAGUGUCCUGUCGCUCUUGAGAAAUGGGUCAAGUACAAGGUGUUGGCUUGGUCCCAGUCCAGUAGAUCGCCUAGUCCACCUCCACACCUUGGUACCAGAAUCCAGAGCUCUGUCAGGGUAUCAGCGGGUCCUUAAAAAGUCUUAAAAAGUCUUAAAUUUGCUUUUCCAAAUUUAAGGCCUUAAAAAUCCUUAAAAAUGACAAAUAAUUAAAUAGUUUCCAAAAGUCUUAAAUUACCAAAGACCCAAUAAACAAGAUUCUUUUAUUUCUAUAACAUUUUCGUGAAUUUCUAGUUAGUGUUCAGCAUUUUUUGUGUAUGGUAUUGGCGUAAGCGGAACCGUACACGUUCGGUUGGCAGAGCCGUGUCCAGGACUUUUAAAAUGGGGUGGCCCAUGCGGGGCACUUGUUUAUUCAUGGGUGGCACCAAUGGUUAUGCUUAUUUAUUUAUUUACACAAAUCAUUUACUGGUGGUCAGAGGGGCCGACGGCGCCAAACGGCAGCCUCGCCUCUGUCAGACCUCCCCAGGGCGGCUGUGGCUACAAGUAGCUUACCAUCACUAGCAGUGUGUGAAUGUGAGAGUGUGUGAAAGCGUCUUUGGGUGUCUAGAAAAGCGCUAUAUAAGUUCAAUGCAUUAUUAUUAUUAUUAUUUAUUUAUUUAUUUACUUUCUAUUGAAUUUUUGAGUUUCACAUUGCACAGUCACCAUUUUUUUCCCUCUUCAUCUUCUAGUUUUGUGGUGGUUAGCAAGUCACUUCUUGUUGCAUUACUGCCACCAACUGGAGUUGAGUAGGACUGAUUUAACACACAUACUAUAUAUGUGAAUAUGAAAAAAUAUUAAAUAAUAUUAAUACUACAGAAAUGUUCUGUAGGCCUGGGCUAGAAAACAAGGUGAAAGGUGCAUGCUACCACACACUAUUUUGGAGUUUACAACCCAAGCUUUUUGUCGACAAUGUAGUCAAUUUAAACUGGAACUUAGUGGGGUGGCACCUGGGGUGGCCAAUCAGAUUCUAAGGGUGGCAUGUGCUACCCCAGGCCACUCCCUGGAGACGCCCCUGUCGGUUGGUUGUGAAAGGGGGCUAUUUUUAGAUGAGCACGUUAAGCUAGUGGGAGUUUGCGCCAUGGGGAAGUGCAACAUUAAUGGUAACUGGAUGGCUAAUCCCACGUUCACGACACGGUUAGCACCGGUUCCAGGCAAUAGCUGGAAAUUAUAGCUUAAAUUUAAUUUAAAAAAUAGCUUAAAUUUGGUCCAAGUGGCCUUUAAAAUGGUCUUAAAAAGUCUUAAAUUUGGCUCCCUUGAACCUGCAGAUACCCUGUCUGUGCAUCACUGAAGUUUAGUCUUAUUUUGAAUUUCACUUAAUACAAACCCUCUUUAGACCAUUUAUUCAGAUUUGAAAUUCAGGUUAGUUAAUAUUGUAUCAUACAUAUGUAGGUUAAUGUUCUAUAACGAGGAACAAAAGAAGCAUUUCAGAUGUUUCAUCCAAAACGUUUGUUCACAUCAGAUUUAUUUUAGACCCCUAACCCAACCCCUGUUGUAACAGCAGUAACAAAAUAAUGGUGUGUGAUUAAUCAUUAAAGAUGCAGUGUGUAAGAAUAUAGCGAAAAUUUUACAGUGAGAAAAUCCCAAAAGAGUAAUGUUUCUGUCAUUCUGGAAGGAAGGUAAUACUGAAACAUAUUUUGUAUCCAGCUGCAAAGGAAGGAGGGACGUAUCUGCUGUUUACCAUCAGUGAGUGUGGGGGUGCCGUGUCUCGUGCUAGCUAUUACUGCAGCAAUAUGACGACGGCCGGUGUUCUGUGCUUACUCAUCGAAUAGUCUUAACGCAGCAUGUUACGACACUUUAGCUCUUGUUUACAAUAUAGUAACACGCUUAUUAAACACGGUUUAUUUUAAAUGGGUGAUAUUACUCAAAAAUAAAGAACUAGUAUAGUUAUUAGCAAAAUUAUACAGUGUCGUGAUUUAUUUAUGAAAAAGACCGUGUUUGUCAUGAUUCCGUGACUGAUGGUAAACAAUGGGAGAAAUUUCUUGUUUACAGUAUAAUAACAAUAUUUUACGAGCUAACUUGUCAGGUGAACAUACAACAAGCAGUAAUAUAACAACUUCCAGAGUUAGUUCAUCUCUUCAGGUAAACAGCCUGUGAUGUAGUAAUCGGUCUGCUCAUGCGCAGUUCCCCAAAGUACACAUCACGAGUAGAACGGAACACCGGCAAAAGGCUCCAAAGGUGUUUGAAGUGGUUGCAGUUACCAGAUUUUAUCACAAGGUGUCAUUUAAACUUAAUUUCUACAGAAUGCACCUUUAAUGCACGAUUUUAAUAGAAAAUAAAUCCUCUGCAUAUUUUGCUGAGUUUUAUCUUUAACCCUCUGAUGCAUGAAUUAUGAAAUCUUCAACCAUGAUUUUUUUAAACAAUUUUUUUCAUUCAUCUUUAGGUGUGAAUGAAACAAAUUUCAACAAAUAUUUUUUGUAACUUUUGUUAAUUUACAAAUAAUUUAUUACAUGUGCACCUCAGUGGACAGCGUGCAUUCUGAACAUGAAACAUGUUGGCUUGGUUUACUGAAGUCCAAAUGGAGGGGCUCAAAUGCAAUAAAGUCUUCAACAGCUGUGCUUAAUAGCAAAAACAAAUAACAAUUUUGAGUACCUGUCCACUGUAGUGACCAUUAUGCAUCAAUUGGUUAAAUUUUUACCAAGUUGCUUCAGAUACAUGUAAACAUGGAGUCGUUUUUCUGCAAAAAUGUUGAUUUGGCAUUGUAGCAUGAGACCACUUCUGCAGCUUUGGGUCUCCAAAUUGAAUUUCUGUGCAUGAAAACCUCGGACUGAUCAGCGGAGGUGGCUCCCCAUCUCCCUCGCCAAUCCUAGGCCUCCCCCUCCCCCCCCUCACACGCAGGAGCACAGACCGACAGGCUACUCGACCCCUCCCCCCUGCUUCCAUCAUUUUCCCAUCUCUUACGCUCUUCCCUACAACAAACAUGGCCGCGAAAUCCGAUGGUGCUCCUGGCUUUCCACGAAACGAAAUUCCACCCGAGUGUCCGGCCCGGGCGGAGCCGCGGGCCCCGGAGCGCUGUGCCAGCGUGCAGCGGUACACCCUACAGGACUUCUGCUGGACGCUGUGCGCCCUGCUGGUCUUCUUCUCGGACGGGGCCUCAGACCUGUGGCUGGCUGCCGACUACUACCUGCGGGAGAAGUACUGGUGUUUUGCUCUCACUCUGGUCUUUGUGAUAAUCCCGUCCGUGGUCGUGCAGGUGUUGAGUUUCCGAUGGUUCGCCUACGAUUUCUCAGAGACCGUGGAGAGCAGCACGGCUGCGGCUGCCGUGGUGGCCGAGUCCGGGGCGGAGGAAAGCCACUUCAGCACCAAGGACAGCGGCGAGUGGGGCGCUGGCCGGGCUGCCGCGGCCGGGGUGCUGCCGGGGCCGGCCUCAGGGGGAGGCGUCCGGGGCUGCUGCAGAGCCUUCAUGUGGCUCUUUCAAGGCGUUAUUCACAUCUUUCAGCUGGCGCAGGUCUGGAGGUACGUCCACGCUCUGUAUCUGGGGGUGCAGAGCCGAUGGCAUGGAGACCCAGAGCGGCGUCACUACUACUGGCGCAUGAUGUUUGAGAAUGCAGACAUCAGCAUGCUGCGUCUGCUCGAGUCCUUCCUGAAGAGCGCCCCUCAGCUGGUGCUUCAGCUCAGCAUCAUGGUCCACGCCAGAGAUGUGCUGCCCCUUCAGGGGUUUUCAGCUUCUGCCUCACUGAUAUCCCUCGCCUGGAUGAUCUCCUCCUAUCAGAAAGUCCUGAGAGACUCCCGGGACGAUAAGCUACCCAUGACCUACAAGGCCGUCAUAGUUCAAAUUCUGUGGCACCUGUUCACCAUCGGAGCUCGAGCCCUGGCCUUCGCCCUGUUCGCCUCUGUGUUCCACCUUUACUUUGGCAUCUUCAUCGUGGCCCACUGGUGCAUCAUGACCUUUUGGAUCAUUCAAGGUGAAACGGACUUCUGCAUGUCCAAGUGGGAGGAGAUCAUCUACAACAUGAUGGUGGGCAUUGUGUAUGUUUUCUGCUGGUUCAGUGUCAGAGAGGGGCGCACUCACUGCAGGAUGCUCAUCUACAGUCUGACUGUGUUUGUUGAGAAUGUGGCGCUCACGACUGCCUGGUACGUGUACCGUGGCACCGCUGAUCACCAUGGCAUCUCGGACUUCUAUGCAGUCAUUUUGAUGUGUGUGGUGGCCAGCAGCUACGCUCUGGGCACCUUCCUCAUGUUUGUGUACUACUGUCUGCUGCACCCUGAUGGUGCAGUCACAGGGUGGAAUUAUAUAGGGGAGAAGGAGUUGCCUGUGGAGGUGCUGGUCUCCCCGGCUUCCAGCCUCCCCCCUGAUCUGGUGAGCAGCCCACCCAGGACCCUCCAGAGAACUAAAGGGUUGGACAGGGAGCAGGGUCCUGGGGUAGAUGGUGACGUGUUCAAGGUACGGCCUCCCAGGGGAGCUAAGCCCCCAGUGCCCAACCUCAAACCCAGGACAGAGGGGCCUGUAAUUCGAAUAGAUCUACCCAGGAAGAAAUACCCUGCGUGGGACGCGCACUUCAUCGAUCGCCGCUUGCGUAAGACCAUCCUGGUGCUGGAGAUUGCUGCCCCAAUCACACCCAGGAUUCAGUACCGCUGCCUGAGCACAGCCAAAGAAGUGAUGGAGUACGAGACCACCGUGUGAUGCGCUGAAGGAGCACACAGCUUGCUGCUGCGAUGACAUCCUGCCUUAAAUGAAGAUGGCAGGUGGACGGUUCUAGCUGCGAAGUCUGCUUCAGCUCCGCACUCACUUCUGUGCUGCCAGGUGCUACACACACACACACACACACACACACACGGGGUGGGGGGUGGGGGGCAAAGAGAUGGCUGAAGCUUGAUGUCUUUAUGUUCUAAAAAUAAAAUCCUGUAGUUUUGUGUAGCGAUGGUGCAUACUUUGGUUUCUGUAUUAAUUCUCAGGUCAUGAUGUGACACAGGAGGUGAACGUAGAAGCACAGCCAGGCAGAGAAGUGGAGCUGUUAUCUGUCAGAAACAGAACGGCCUCCUCGCUGAGGGUGCAUCAGCACCUCCUCUGCGGGAGGCCGAGAUCGGAGACAAGCCUUCAACGUGCAUGAUUAUUUGUGGCAGCUAGAGGACAGCACAGUGUGUGGGCGGGGGCGCCGCAUAAGUUAAUCUAGCAAACAAUCCACGAGAAACACAGCACAGGGGAGUUAUUGCCAUGUUUUUGUAUUUUUAUUUUCCAUAACUUUUGCUGAGGGAGACUCUGAAAAUGUUGCUUUAAAUCUGAAGCGUUGAAGUUGAAUGUAAAAACGGUUGACUGUGAUUAUCUGCACCAAGGCUUUGUGUGAUUUAUAACAUUCCUGUGGACUUUUUUUGUCAUUGAGCUGCGAUGAAGAGAAAUUUGGGUUUACGGUCUGUAAUUCUUUUUGUCAUGCCGUCAUAUCAAAAAGAUGCACCUCCCUUUCGAAUGCACUGAACAUUGGAUAAAUGGUGACUUUAAUCACAUUUACAGGAUGGAAAUUCUCACUUUCUGUAUCCAAAGCAGCAAAAGCAACAGGACAAAUAUAGUUUUAACAUGUAAAUGACUGUACAGUGAAGAGGAAGUCUAAGUGGGACAGCACUGUUUGUUGUUGUACUGUGUGCAUAUGUCGUUGUCAUCUAAACAAAUGUAGAAAAAAUAACAGUUGCAGACCCUAAAGGAGCUUUGAUCUUAUUGGUGAAACAGGCAUGAGGUACAUUUAGUAACAAUGAAUUACAAGUCUGUGUUUUUUUUAUUCCUGCUAAAUAUUCCUAUAUUUAUAUUUGCUCAAACAAAGCUUUGAAAAUAGAAAACCUGUUUGUGCUGAUUUUAAAAUUCAUUUUUUAUUCAUUUGCGAAACAGAAUGCCUGUAGACUUAACAAACAAGACUUUUUUACACAAUCAAGCUGCUUUAUAAGAAAUGUCGGCAGCUUGUUUCCUUUAUCGAGGUUGCUUUUAUAUGGUGUUAUCAGAAAAGGAGCAUUUCUGAAGUGUGUGUUUGUGUUUCUGUGUGUAUGUGAGCUACACACUGGGGGAGACGGGGGAGGGUUGAUUUAAAAUUGUCACGAUGAGAUGACAGAUUUCUUGUAAAUUCUGUUCAUUCAGUUUGUUUUCUCUGACGACUCUGAAACCGAUCCGCAGCCCAAGAGCACCUUUGCCAUCCUUCUCACUAGUAAAGAAGCCAUCCAGGCUUUGGUCACGGUGCUAACUGUCUGAGUCCGUUAUCCCUACCAUGAGCUCGCUGGCGCAGGACUCGACUGCGGCUGUACCUCAAACACAAAGCUAGAAUCGAAAGCCUUAAGCUGGUUUUACCAGACUGUUGCUGAUCAACAAGAAAGUGAAGACAAUUAUUUUAUGUUGUUGUUGGUAAAAUAAAGAACAGUGUGUUUACCUGA